AUGAUCCGGGCCUUCUCGUUCCCGGUGAGCCCCGAGCGGGGCCGGCUCAGGGGCUGGCUGGAGGGCAGCCUGGCCGGGCUCUGCGAGUUGCAUUGGCUCCGAGAGAGACAGGAGUACCGCGUGCAGCAGGCGCUGCGGCUGGCCCAGCCCGGAAUGGGGGGCGCCGAGGCCGAGGACGAGGAGGACGCCGACGAGGACGAAGAUGCUGCGGCCGCGCGCCGGGCCGCAGCGGCCCUGGAGGAGCAGCUGGAGGCCCUGCCUGGGCUCAUCUGGGACUUGGGCCAGCAGCUGGGAGACCUGAGCCUGGAGUCUGGGGGCCUGGAACAGGAGAGCGGGCGCAGCUCUGGCUUCUAUGAAGACCCCAACUGUACGGGAGGCCCCGAUUCACCCCCCUCCACCUUCUGCGGGGACAGUGGCUUUUCUGGAUCUGGCUCCUAUGGACGCCUGGGUCCCUCUGAACCCCGGGGCAUCUAUGCCAGUGAGAGGCCCAAGUCUUUAGGAGACGCCAGUCCCAGCGCUCCGGAGUCGGUGGGCGCUCGGGCGGCGGUGCCGCGGUCCUUCUCGGCGCCCUACCCGACGGCGGCGGGGUCCGCGGGCCCGGAGGCCUGCUCGUCGGCGGAGCGGCGGGCGCGCGCGGGGCCCUUCCUCACGCCCAGCCCCCUGCACGCGGUGGCGCUGCGCAGCCCGCGACCCUGCGGCCGCGCACCCGCCAACUCGCCCGACGCGGGCGGGCGGGCGCGGCCCCUGGACGGCUACAUCUCGGAGCUUCUGCGCAGGCGCCGCCGCCGGGGGGCGGGCCAGCCCCGACCAGUCCCGGGGCGCGGACGGGGUCCGCGGCGCCAGAACAGCGUGCGCCAGCGGCCGCCAGACGCGUCCCCGCCCCCCGGGGGCGCGCGACCCGCGCGGGAGCCCUCGGUGGAGCGCGCCGGGGGUCGCGCCGCCAGCCCGGCCGCCUUGAGCCGCGCCUGGGCCUCGCAGUGGGAGGCGGAGGCGGCGGCCGAGCCCCCGCGCCGCCCGCGGCCCCCGAGCCCCGACAGCCCGGCCGAGGGCCGCCUGGUGAAGGCGCAGUACAUCCCGGGCGCGCAGGCCGCCACCCGCGGCCUCCCGGGCGCGCCGCGCGCCGCAAAGCGCCCCCCGCUGACCCGCGGCCGCAGCGUGGAGCAGUCGCCACCCCGGGAGCGGGAACGCGAGCGGGAUCGGGACCGUCCCCGGGCCGCCGGCCGCCGCGGACGCCUGACCGAGGCCUCGGGCCGCCGGGGCUCGCCCAGGGCUCGCAAGGCUGCGCGCUCCCAGUCCGAGACCAGCCUGCUGGGCCGCGCCGCCGCCGCCGCUCCUCCCGGGCCCCCCAAGUACCCCACGGCCGAACGGGAAGAGCCGCGGCCGCCGCGGCCCCGCCGAGGCCCGGCGCCCACGCUCGCGGCCCAAGCCGCCGGCUCCUGCCGCCGAUGGCGCUCCACCGCCGAGAUCGACGCCGCCGAUGGCCGCCGCGCCCGGCCCCGCGCCCCCGCCACCCGCGGUCCGGGCGGGCCGUCCCCGUCCGCCCCGCAGCGCCGGCUGCUCUACGCGGGCUGCGCGGGCAGCGACUCCGAGUGCUCGGCGGGGCGCCUGGGGCCGCUCGGCCGCCGCGGGCCCCCCGGUGGUGGUGGCGGCGUGGCUGGCGGCUAUGGCGAGAGCGAGUCCAGCGCCAGCGAGGGCGAGUCGCCCGCCUUCAGCUCCGCCUCCAGCGACUCGGACGGCAGCGGUGGCCUCGUGUGGCCGCAGCAGCUGGUGGCGGCCACCGCGGCCUCCGGGGCUGGGGCGGGGGGAGGGGCCCCCGCGGGCCCCGCCAAAGUCUUCGUGAAGAUCAAGGCUUCCCACGCGCUGAAGAAGAAGAUCCUGCGUUUCCGCUCGGGUUCUCUCAAGGUCAUGACCACAGUGUGA